AUGCAUAUUGUCGAGGGGUUCGAAGACAACUCUUUCGUCUUCAAGCCACCGCAUCUCUAUGACGCUAUUGCACCUGCUUUUAAAUAUGAUGAAAGCUACACGGAUUGGUCAAAUUUCCCGGAAAAGAUAAAAUCGGUUUAUGAUGAAGUUACAAACCUUUUCCUGGAAGAGAACACUGUUGCUCCAGCACCAAAGCUUAAGUUGAGCGCUCAAACACUUCGAAACGAUCUGCGACGCUGCGGUCUGCACUUACAUGUUCCACAACGGGUCUGCACUUACAUGUUCUACAACGGGUAUUUGUAUAAGACCAUAUUGUUAUUAACUCUUCUCCAACUGUUUGCAAAUUAUGUUUUUUACCAAAAAGGAAUUGAUUUGCGAGUAACGUUUUUGCCUCGAGUACAUAUUGAUGUGCCUCAUCUGGAGCUCACCGGUAUUGGUCUCAUUUUUGACAUUGCUUUUCGCGUCCAGACUCUCCUUUCAUUGAUGGCAAAGAUACUUGAAAAAGUUCACAAUUUGUUUAUGUGGAAAAGUCCGAGAACCACUGCCGAGUUCUGUGCACUUAUUGGAUUCUUUUUUGCGCAAUCACUUUUCUUUUCCACUUGCUCUUGUCUAUCGUUCAUCGGCUUACUUGUAGCUUUCAAAACUUUUAUUUCUGCUUACUUCUAUCAUCGCUUUCCAAAAUUGCGGCAAAAAUUGGAUCUGGCAUCGUAUUUCUACGUUCGAAUCCCGACAAAUUAUGAACUGGAUAUGCGCACCCGCAGAUUAUCACGCAAAUUUGGUUCGCAGGAUGAGAUGGAAUCAAUUCGCAUUUCCCCAACAAUAGUACGGAAAAUGAAUAUGUUUGCUAAUGCUGAAGUGAAGGAUGGAAGUGUCGCAUCGCUUUCAAAUAAUGGGACACCAAAGUGCAGGAUACCUGCAUUCAAGUAUGAAAAAAGGCGCAGUUCCUCGUGUGAUAGCAUUUCAACAGCUGCAAAAUCGGCAUGCUCGUAUCGUUGCAUGCUAACGUCGAAGGAUUUCCGAAGUCAAAACUUGAAAUACAGCAUUUGCGAAAGUCUUGACGAUGAAGCACCGGAAAUUGUUUGCAUUGCCAGUAUGCUCAUUCCUCCACUAUAA